UUCUCACCUGUGAUCAUGGACUACUGGAUCUUCUUACUUUUCCUGACAACUGGAUGGUUGACCUGUGAGUGUUUCCCUCAGGUUUGUCAGGAAGUGAAACAUACAACAUGUGAACUGAAGGGGAAUGUUCACCUGGUUUGUGUUGGAGUCUCUCCAACCUUGCAUUACACUGACAUCAGUUUCAGUCAAAAUGUCACAAACGUUACCUUGUGUGCAUGGCCUUAUGGUACAUUCAAAGUAAACAAACACAUCGGUCACUUAAUUGCAUUGAAACACCUGCUAUUGUGUCACAGCGCUGUACAACGGGUUGAAUCCUUCUCCAAUCUUCAACAGCUUGAGUCAGUAAAUCUAACUUCACUUCGGUUGAGAGAACUAAAUGGAGAGGUUUUCUCAGGACUAUCACACCUAGCUUCCGUUGAUCUCCGCAACAACCAGUUGUCUUCACUCAACUUCUCUGUAUUUGCUCGACUACCAGCCUUGCAGCAAAUAUUCCUUAUUGGCAACAACUGGACGUGCGACCCAGGAUUGCUAUGGAUCAUUGCCAAUGAAAGUCACUCUGUUGGGUCCAAGGUCCGAGAUAGAGAUGAACUCUACUGUGAAGGGAAGAGCAAGACAUGGCCUAAGCCUCUGGUCCCAGUCAUGAAGUUCAUUAAGGUUAUGCAGAGCCAAUGCCCACCUCCAUGUAACUGUUCUGUAGAUCAUGUGGUGAGGGCCUACACGUAUCUGGUGACCGAGAGAGGGAUGCUUCUACCCCACAUCAAGGUCAACUGUAACAGGCGCAACUUUACCUCGAUGCCAACACAUUUGCCUGACUACACAACAGCUCUCUACCUGAGGGGAAAUCAUUUGACUUCUGUUGAGGAGUUGGUGUUCAACCCACACUACCAAAACGUACGAGAAAUCUACUUAGAUAACAACCAAAUUAAAAGUGUGAACAUACUAGAGGGAAGUGACUGGAUCAACAAUUUUGGUGUGUUGAAUCUUAGAGGAAACCAGCUUAAACAGAUCCCACUAUAUGCCCUCGACCAUGCGUUCCAAAGCCAUCAUAAGCUGAGCCAUAUCUACCUCGGCAACAAUCCUUGGAAAUGUGAUUGCAAAUUCACCAUUCACUUUCGGGACUUUAUAAAAAAAUACAACGCAAUAAUAAAAGAUGUUGAAGAUAUUCGAUGUGAGUCAAUCAGUGGUAACUUAAACUCAAAUAAAUUGAUAAUAUUACUGAACCGAAAGGACUUGUGCCACAGGGAAGACUCGGUGAAACUUAGUUUUGUAGACAAACUGAAUAUCUUCCUGGCUUGCAUGAUCCUGCUCGUCAUGUCAGUGUUCCUUUACAACCUGACAAUCUACAAGACCACGGGACGUCUACCUUGGAUGGUGGCUAAACUGUUUUGAUGUGUGAUCUGAAAUCAAUCUGAUUAACAAAGUAUAGUAUUUAAAAACACAAACA